UGUUUCCAUGCCGAUGUCUCUGUUAUUGAUGCUGAAGCAAUUACACGCCUCACUGCCUCAGUUAUGAGUCAUAGUGAGCAAAACGAGCUGCGCGUCUGCAGAAACGCGGCUGCUGAUAGGUCGAAGGAUCCGCCUGCAAACUGCCCGAGGAGGGGCAAAAAUAAAACGCUGUUCAUUCACAGAGACGCCGGUGGUGGUUAUUUUUAGGGGGAGGAGGUGACAGGCUGCAGACGCCUUUGCAAAUAUUCCCACAUCGCUUCGCUCCACCUUGAAUCAACGCAGGAUGUCAGCGUAAAGCCGGUGCGUAAAGAGGCUGCGUCGCGGAAAAGAGACGUUUUACAGCCAAUUUCACCCCGUUUCUGGAGAGAAAAAUUCCACUCAGCUCACUGCGAACGACGCAGCCGGUGCUCCCGGAGCUCCUCACAGACCCUCGGGGGAUCGGAUCGUUGAGGACACAUUCGUGGAGCUUUUAUUAUUGUUUCCAUUUUGGGUGGGAGCGCGGACACCGAGCGAGCUGUCUCCAUCAGGUGCAGAGCAGAGAGAGAGCAUCAGAUCCGCCCAGCAGAGAUGGCGAAGGCAGACCAGCGUUUUGGCCAGCGGGACGGCUCCGACCAGAACUUUGACUACAUGUUCAAGCUGCUGAUCAUCGGCAACAGCAGCGUCGGGAAAACGUCGUUCCUGUUCCGCUACGCCGACGACUCCUUCAGCAACUCCUUCGUCAGCACCGUCGGCAUCGACUUCAAGGUGAAGACGGUGUAUCGCAACGACAAGAGGAUCAAACUGCAGAUCUGGGACACAGCAGGGCAAGAGCGUUACCGCACCAUCACCACGGCCUACUACCGUGGCGCCAUGGGCUUCAUCCUCAUGUACGACAUCACCAACGAGGAGUCCUUCAACGCUGUCCAGGACUGGGCCACUCAGAUUAAGACGUACUCGUGGGACAACGCCCAGGUGAUCAUGGUGGGCAACAAGUGCGACAUGGACGAGGAGAGAAUCGUACCUCCAGAGAAAGGAAAACACCUCGCCGACCAAUUAGGCUUUGAGUACUACGAGGCGAGUGCCAAGGAGAACAUAAACGUGCGGCAGGUCUUUGAGCGCCUGGUGGACAUCAUCUGUGUGAAGAUGUCAGAGCGUGUGGACGUGGAGGCACCGGUGGCUCCUGGCACCAAGACCACCAGACUGACCGACAAGCCUGCCCAGCUACCUCAGAAGUGCUGCUGAUCGUCCGUCGCCGUUCAUCCCUCUGCUGUCGCCUCGUCCGCUCCCCUAAGCUCUCGAGAAAAAGAAAAAAAAAACAUAUUAACUAUUGUAACAUUCCUCAACACACUCUCUCUGCUUCAGUCCAUGUUUGUGAGCAGUCAAUAAUCACUACGCCUACUGAGAUUUCUGCUAACUAACAUUUAUAUAGCCAGUUUCAUUCCCUUCCCUUCCCCAAGUAUCCGGGGUUGGCCCUUACGUAGACGGAGGAGUAAGGGUGGCAGUGCACUCCAGACACAAUGUCAUUUUAAUUUGCAGUGUUUUCAAAAUAUUGUAGAGCCACUGUUGAUUACAUUGGUGUGUGCAAAUGCUUGAAUGCUAAUUGCGACUGGAGUUGUUUAAUGACGUUGGAGCUAGAUACAAAAAGUUAAAAGCCUCUGGGACAGCUUCUUGUGUCCUUGCCAAAAUAAUUCACAAUAGAAGCUUGUACCAUUAGGAAAUACUUGCGCAAAUAGGUUGAUGUUGGGAAGAGGGUUUGAACAUACCAAAUUAAAGGUGGGUCAAUCAUUCUGGAGAAAGAUAGCUGAUUGUUGAGUAUCAUUCCCAGGUCGCCAAACACCAAAGCUUUGGGUUAUGGUAAAUGGGAAAGAAACAAAGUGACUCGGAGCGAGCCAAGUCAAGAAUGAUCGACCCCACCUUUAAAGAAUGUACCUGACAUGUGCAACACGCAUCAGCGGAGGUCAUGGAGCACUGCGUCAUUUGACAUGCAUCAUUUGACGUCACCAGACGAGCCAUAAAUACGCCACUGUGUGUUUGCCUUUCUGUGCAGAUUAAGAAGAAUAUUCCAGACUUAAACCUGAAAUACACAAACCAAAGGAUACAGUUAAAAGAAGGCCACUUAUUAUAUGGCAACAACAGUAAUUGUGGAAUAUCUGUCUAGCCCUGCCCCAACCUUAUCUGAAUGUGGCUCUUCAUUUUGGUUGCACAACCUCAGAAAGACAGCAAAUUUGAUUUUGUUCGGAGUGCACUGCCGACAGGAGCUGGAAGCAGGGUCCACAGGUAAGCACAGCACUGCCUCUCCUCUCAAAGUGUAGCACAACGAGAAACUUACCACAACACCACAGCUGCUCAUGUUCACAAGUUUACAGGUCGCAGUCGUUCACCAAGUCAUCUGCCGAAACAUCAGAUAGGCUGCUUCUCAAAUAGCUAGUAGUAGUGAGUCCACUGGAAUACAAUAUGCCUAUAGCCCACUAACUGUUACUGGCCUUACUUAGUGCUGUUUUUUGGCUUGAAAGACGCUUUAGGGCUACACCACCAAUGCACAACUCCCAGGCAGGGCUGCAGCCGAAAUCAUUUGAGUGAAAUACUUAACAGGAGCGGGUCGAGUCCAAAAAACCAUCUGAUGCUUCCCUGUAGUGUUUGUAGUUACACAGAGAAUGCCUUGUGAUGUUUUAACAGGGUUCAUUUAGAUUAUUAGUGUUGGGUAGAAUUAUGAAACAAAUCAAUGUACAGUACAGUAUGUACUGGAACAAUAAUAACAGCACUUGCAUUGCACUUUCCUUAACAAACUUUCCUUGAACUGAGUACACUAUUACCUGUUUCUGUAUCUGUUCAAACAGUGAAAUUAUCUGUAUUCAAAUGCACACGUAUUCGGAAAGGGGCGGGGCUUAACCAGAUAACUGGACUAGCUGCAAGUUGUUAUAAGAUAAGGAACUCGUUAAUCAGGAGGAACAAUGCCGAUUCUGUCCUGGCUGUGGAACAGUGGACCAGCUCAGUGGGGGGGAUGUGUUUUGUGGAUCCUGUGGAGGGUACUGGAACCGUUGCUACGAGCCAUCUGUUCCUUGUAUAACCAAAGUGAGAGUGUAUUCUCUGCACAGUCAAACAUGUUUUCAGUGGGUGAGGUUGCCCUCUACGAUCCGGUUGAGAGUGUCUGUUAUGGGAACCUCAGAAUUGUUUCUGCUAUUUGCAGAUGAUGUGGUUCUAUUGGCUUCAUCAGAUAGUGGUGGAUGGAGAACCCGUAAUGAUGAGAUAUUUUUCUUGUAACAUUAUUAAAUACUGAUCACGUAAUCCUGAGAUACUAAGUCAUAAAUACAAGACCGAAUUAUGCAGGAAAAGUCUUUGGAGGAUCAAUGUUAUGCACUUUUGUGGAAAUCCAACUGGCUCCGAAAGAUGACUGUAAUCUAUGAAUGGUGCUCUGUUUUGGCAUAUCUUCUAUUGUGACUUAACUGACAACUAAAGGACAAGAAAUCUGUGAAAUCUGAGAUUUACUUCAUCAGGAAAUCUGUUAUGUCAGGAGUUAUAUAAUUUAAUCAAUGAAAAACUGACAUGACAAAUUUAAGUCUGCAAAUACAGAUUUGAUUUUCCAUUCACAAGGAAGAAUCUCCUUUUUAGAGCUUAAGUCUUAACAUGUGAAAGCAUGCAGGGUAGCCUGAGAGGAAGCUCGAUGUUAUCUUUAUAACAAAGAGACAUACAAUUGCCACAGAAAGAUGGAAAACAACUACCAAGAGACAGAACAUGACUACUAAAAGAGGCAAAAUGACAACCACAGACUGGGUAUCUUGCUCCUAUGUAGGAGGACGGUGUGGGGCAUUUUACAUACCUGUGUCCAGGGCAACAAUGUCUCAUAGUCCAUCCAUGAUUCCAGGAUGACGUAACAAUAUGUGUUGGUGGUGUAAAGGAAACAGGAGUUUCACAGAUCACAGAGUAAGCUCAGUUUCACCACUGAGACGCUGGUGAGACCUGUGGAGUUGAUUUAAAUACACAGUGACCUUGGAGGAAAGAUAUUUUGAACAAAGAGAAUCUGUUCUUCGCUGUGGGAUUAAUGUGCUGCUGGAGCACUUGAUCUCUUUGACCCUAACUGUAAUUAAUGUAAAAGAGAAACAGAGCAGCAGGCUUCAGAACUGCAAACCCUUUAAAGUAAUAAUCUCGGAGAGCCUCAUUAAAUUAUACCAAUUUCUGACCCUCACACAAGGAAUUAACAGGAAACAAGGCAUGUACUGAACAUAAUAUGGGAGACAACAUUGGGUUAUCUUUCUUUCUUUUCUUAACCUCUCAGCCCAGUUUGUUUGGCUGUAAACAAAUAAACCAGUAAAAUAACCACAGGUGUCACCAAAUCAGGAACUAAAUCUUAAAAAGGUGAUUUAUAUACUGUAAGUACGAUACAUGUCUGAGUGACAAGGUAAAUGGCGUGUGUUGCGUAACUAAUGGUUACAAUAUCAGGAGCAUGGUGUUUAUUCACAAUAGUUCUGACAAUCUGCAGCCAACUGUGCUGUCAUGUUGCACAGACUGAGAGGAUGAGCUGUUGUAUUGUGGCGCCUUGUUCUGCUGCUACGUUGACGGCCGUCAGUUGACACAAUGUAAGGACUCAGUCGGCGUGUACGAGGCGUCAAUUUGUGAUACAAACUGCCAAAGCUGACAAUGGGCAGCUUUUCGAUGUGGUGAACAAAGAAGGGAUGCUGCCUGUUCACAUCAGCAGAGAAAAUCACUCUUUAAAACAACAGUUAAACUCAGGUUUCUUUCCUCGUUUACUCUCACAACCUGUUUUGCUCCCAUGAAUUCGAAUAUCCCUAACUUCUUGUGAGUAGUGUAGUUCUGGUUCUUGAACCAGUUCCAUUCAAUAUUCUUCAACCAGUUUUGAAGGGAGCCAUUGUAAUCAUCAACAGAGGACGCUGCGCAAUGAACAACGACCUGUAGAAUAUAAAAUGAACACUUUGGGUCAACAAGGAAAACCUGAUAUUUGUUGGUUCCAACCAAUUUAAUUUCGACUGAAAUGUUUUAAAGCGAUUCAAAACUAGGAGCUUGAAGCGUAACAAAGCCAGUUCCCUGUCGGUCUCUUUGCCUCUAGAAACAAGAACCGCUUACAACAGCCUUCGUAACACUGAGCUAGCCAGCUGUUGGUCAGCUCACAUCAAUGUGAGGUGGAUACAGUAUAUUACUCUUAUUACUGUAAUAUUAUUACUGACAUGUAUUAGAAAUUAGUUACACAGCUAGUUACUGUAGAAAGUAAUGUCAUUACUGUAAUAGUAUUAGUAGUAAUGUCUCACUGCCUGCACCAUAGUUUGAGAACCAGAGAGAUAAACAUUAACCCAGAAGGUCCAGGAUCCAGAUCAGACCCCCUCCAGGCUGCCAGAGACUCGACCCCAGACUGCCGCCGAGUGCUGCAGCCCUGCUUCAUGGUGGCUUACAGCUUUUGCACUGGCCGACACAAACCAACGCCAUACUGAGGCUGUUUUAUACUCACACACACACGUGAGCAGAGCUGAUGAGUGAAGAGCACAUGGAUGUGUCCCCCCCCCCCUUAUUAGCAGGUGUAGUCACGUAGACGUCAUGUUCGCAGUGUUUCCUACAUGAACCUGAGUGUGUGUGAGUGUGUGUGUGUGUGUGUGUGUGUGUGUGUGUGUGUGUGUGUGACGUUAGGGCCACGUUCUAUUGUUGCAUAUGGUUAUCAUGAUAUUUAUUGCGUGUUCAGUUGUGAGGGUUUUUGUGUUUGUGUACAGUAUCUUUGACGGAAGUGUGAUAUUUUGAUAAUGUCAGCUGAGAUACAGUACGUGUGUAUAUGAAGGAAAACGGGACGAGGAGAACAAAAAUUUGUGCAUUUAUUAUUAAAUAUUACGAAGGUAGAAAAUAAAAAAUAUCCUACCAACUUGUUAUUUAGCUACCGCAGCGCACGUUUUUGUGUGUAACUCCCCACCGUGUGUCUUCAGAUUGAUAAAAACAUACAAUAAUAUUGACAUUGUCUUCAUAUGAUUAUUUUUUAAGUGAAUUUGUAAAUGAUAGAAUUAGAAAUUAUAAUGUUGUUGAGUAUGAAUUUAUUUUUAUGCUGUGUAUACCAUGGACAAAUUAUAUAGAGAGUUUAUGUAAACUUGUCGUCUUAAGGUUCGCUCCUGUACGGGGGAGAAGCACAAAGUGAUUGUACAAAAUAUUGUGAAUGUUUGUAUAUUAUAGAUGCAAUUUAGUAUAAUAAAAAUCACAAUCUUUAAUCAUAA